CUUUCCUCAUUUGUUGUUUGACUCCUGAGGAAAAUGAUCACUUAUGGUUUAUUUUGUGUUGUUGCUUGUUCUUUCUGCAGCCCAGUUUUCUCAGAUAAAGAUUUUUACCAGGGCAAAGCAUGUUGUUCAUUCCGUGGUCCAAACUAUGAAGAUGUUGAGUACACAAUCACAGCUCGAUUUAACAAGCACAAUAUGGUGGAGUACAACAGCACAAGAGGCAACUGGACUGGAUUUACAAAAUAUUCUUUAAAGGUGGCACAAACGUGGAACGCUGACCCUCAGAAAGCAUUUGCCACAAAAUCUGAUGAGCAGUUCCUAUGUGAAGAUAAUAAAAGAAACUAUUUCUAUAUUCUAGACAUUCUGAAGGCAGUACCUAUCACCAGAAUGAAUUUAGUGAAACAGCCCGAUGGURAACACCCAGCCAUGCUUGUCUGCAGCGCUUAUAGCUUUUACCCCAAGCAAAUCCAACUCACCUGGCUGCAAAAUGACCAAAGAGUGACUAAAGGAGUCAGUAACUCCGACGUGAUUUCUGAUGGAGAAUUUUACUACCAGUUUCAUUCCCAGCUGCAGUACACGCCGACUUCAGGAGAAAAAAUCAGCUGCAUGGUUGAACAUUUUAGCCUCAGUGAACCACGCUUUAUAGUCUGGGACAACUCCAUUGACGUGAAAAGAAAACGUCACAUCGCUUUUGGACUGUGUGGACUGAUUAUAGGCUUGAUUUUCCUGAUAGUUGGACUUUUCUACUACAAGAAAAAGUCUGCUAUGUACAACGAUCUCUUUGAACGAUCAACAGUAAUGGUUCUGGAGGACCAGACCACAGCUGGAAAUUUUUAGCACCUCGAAGAAACACAGUUAUUGCUAUAAUACACCGUUCUUGAUGUCUUAAUAAUGGAAGAGGGGAAUAAAACACGCAUCUGAAAUAUUUUAGUUAUUGCYAAAGYUUUGCAUUUAUUACCUGUAAGCAACUUUGUAUAGCUCGAUCUAAAAACAUUUAAUCUCCAUCUUUUUUUUCUUUUUCUGUAGAAAUUACAAGAUUUAUAAAAUAAUAGUAAUGCCAUUACAAAAAAAAAAACUGCUUCUUCCUAAAGAAGAAGAAGCUUGCAUGUACAUUUUAUGAAACCUCUAACAUUUUUUCAUGGAUCAGAUGCACAGAAGCACACUUAUUAUCUUUGUAUACUUUACAAAUUUUG